AUGUUUGAGAAUUUGGAUACAUGUACAGGUCUUUCCAAUUUAGAGAUUCUUAAGGAGCCAGAGGUCCGUGAAGAUCAGCUGACAUGGUGAGAUUUUUUAACUAUGCCUUGAAACUUGAUGAAAGUAAAGAUUAAUCUGCAUUUUUGACGGCUGAAAAAAUAACUGAUGCAAAGAGUUAUUUAAAGGGUCCCAAAUAUAAUAAGGAAUUGGUGCCAAAUGUAAUAAGGGUCACGGAUGUGAUAAGAGAAACGCCUCGCAAGAGUGGGCGGUUUAACUUUCAGUUUAAAUAUUGCAAAACGGAAUGGGUCAAAAAUGAACUGUAACUAAGACUGUAGGAUUUCCUAAGACGAUACCACUUACAAAAGUUGUUUCUUGAGAAGGAUAAGUGGUUUAAUAGAUCGUUUAUGAAAACCUCACGGCGGCUUUUAAACUCAUUAUCGACAUUACCAUACUCCAAAACAAAGAGAAAUGAAAUUUAAACCAAGGAUAAAAUGGAACCACAACAGCUACACUGGUCACAUUGGAGUACAAAAACAAUGAAACGGCAGCCAUUUUGGGUUCCUAAACCAGCAUUAUGGGGAUUUGACUCUUUUGUUGUGUAAAAAGUUCCUUCUGUUCCGAGAAAUUUGCAUAGUUGCUUACCACGUGAGUGAAAGCCAAGCUAUAGUUUUGCUAUGGCCAUAGGAGACAAAAACCCUAAACAAUAUUUUUCUUCAGCGUGUUUGGACAAAUUAUGAUUUAUUUUAUCCUAGCCAGGAAAAUAUUUAAGAACAAUUUAAAUUAAAAAGUAUCCUUUUUACUCAGGCUUUUGCUAAAUAAAAACAAAAUUCUUCUGUUCUUCUGGGAGAUUAGCUGCUUUUCUGGAUCAGUUAAUAUUUUAAUUACUGGUAAUGCAUUUCAUACAAGCGGUAAAUUUUAAUCUGGAACCCGCGUUGAAUAUAAUUUUACAAAAAUGUCCGUAUCCGUGUCCGAUGUGACAUAUUUAGCACUAUCCGGGGGCUGGAAGGGGCUCCUUUGAUCUUACAAAAAAACAAAAAACAAUAGCUACUGAUCUAUUCGACUCUACAAUUGGUCAAUAGCCUACAUUUUCUUGCAACCAUGAAAGUGUUUCCCACCCAUUUACUCUUUAAUAGAAAACGCCACGCGCUUAGCGCCCCUCUGCAGCUAUUUUGACGACAACAAUUAGCCAUUUCAAAACAGAACUUAAUCAUAUCCAGAUUGUGGAAUCUUUUAGUUCUAGACGAAAGCGCGUAAAACGACUCUUCUUCUGGAUCCUCAAAGACGACUUUGGGUUCGUCCAGCGCACGAACAGGUGCGUGGUAGAGACAACGUAUAGGCAGGCCUACCCAUUGUGCUCAUGUGUGCUCGGUAUAGCCACAACAACAUUUACAAAUGCCGCGAAAUCACAGUCGCGGGUUCCAUUUGAGCAUGCUUACUGACAGUUGUACUGGCCAGUAAUUAGCAAAUGUAAAUCAAUAGCCUACAUUUUCUUGCAACCAUGAAAGUGUUUCCCACCCAUUUACUCUUUAAUAGAAUACGCCACCCGUAUCCGUGUGGAUAGUUGAAUCCGAACCUGAUGCAUCACACCGAAUCCGUGUUGACGCAAAUAUCAAGUAAGCGGUUCCAGAGGAUCGGGAUUCGUGUGGACGCGUUUUGUGGGGGAAGUGAACACAAGACAAAGCCUUUUUUUCUUGAACUUUGAUACAGUCUUUUAGAAUUUAACUCCAGAAAACAUUGCCAACAUUUAGUGGAUUAAACGAGAUGGAAAAAGCACCAUAAAUUUUGAAGUAGCACCACUUCACUUUUUAAGUGAAGUUUUCGUAGCCGUCGCCGUCGCUGUUGCUUAACCCAUUGACGCCCGUGACUUUUUAUCGUUUUCCAGUGACUUUCUACACAUGAAAAAUACAUAGGAUUUCGCGACUCCUUAUUUGCGAUUACCAUGGAAAGUGGUCUGUUCUAAAACACUGAAGGCUGGAGUUUUCUGGAAACGUCAUUCUGACGUAGUCAUUCUGCUUCGUUGAGCUAAAAUAACGGCUCAAGUAUGGUUUCUAUGCGAUUUUGGUAAGUUUACAGCCAUUUUUCAUCUUAAGUGGCUGCAUGAUAAGUAUCAUUUAGCGUGACGGUAGCUAAGAGUCCACUGUCUUUUCUUCGUUGGCGAAUUUGGCUUCUUGCUCGUGGAACUGGAAAAAUGGCCAAUCCGAAACGAAAUAGCUUUGGGACUCGACUACUAAUGAAUUUCUUGCCCAAACACUUCAAAUUUUGGAAUUUGCGACCAAUGAAAAUCACAACAAGCGCGAAAUUUCCGUGGAAGGUCGAAGUAUCUGCAUAAAUAUGAAAAAAAAAUGGAGGGAGGAACGAACGCCGUCAAAAAUUCUGGCUUUUUCUCAGCGUGCAAUGCAGUCGUGAUAUUGAAAAUCAAGGCAAGGCCAGGAUGCACUGUACAAAAGGCUUCGGCCAGGGAAACGAAUAAGAACAAAAAGUCACUUCCAAGCUUGAAAAAGGACUGAAUUUUACUGUGAACGAUGACAGGCUUUUGGUUUUUGCAACGAUGAUUUCUGUAAUAAAGCUGAAGGCAAAAAAGGGGAUUUUUGUCGUUUUUCUAUGACGUUAAGGACGGUCAUUUCUGUUGUUGUCCAAAUUCAAAAGGUGACAUUUUGCAAAAAGCGCCGACUUUUUUGCAUUUAUCGGAUAUCCCAAUUUGAUGGGCAUUCUACUCAAUGCUCACAACUGACAAUAAAGGCAGUGUUCGCGCGACUGAGAAAGUUGCAAUGUUUUUAAUCAGUGGAAUCUUGUACGGCCGUCAAAGGGUUAAGCUCUCUAUGUUUCAGAAUUGUUACAACAUGUUUGCCCAAAACUCGCCGCUCCAGCCUCCAGGUCGUCUUGUGUAGCAUCGCCUUUAAUGUCACUCUCAGUCAAGUAACAAUGCCAGAUCAGACAACAGGGGUCAAUUUAAUAAACUUUUACACUGGUAUUUUACAAGUGUAGCCGUUGUUUAGGAGUCUGAAAACAAUAGCUACACUUGUAAAUUACAUUUGUAAAAGUUUUAUUAAAUAAAGCCCAGAUCAAAUCUCUUGCAGUGUACUGUUUUUCAAACCUUAAGUCUUGAAAAGAAGACCCCCUAAUCCCAAACAGACUACAUAGAAAGAAACCAACCGUCAACAGCAUGAAAUGAAAGACGUACCUUUCAGUACUUUUGAACGUCCGAAUAGGAGGAAAGCUUUCCUGAAGUUGUUUCCCUUUGUCUGUUAUCGUGUUUUGCAUGUCUGCUAGCGUUUUUUAAGUCAAACGAGUGAGAUUUUUAUCCUGACACUACAGGGCUCGAUCACGGCGUCCGACGAUUUCGAAGACGUUUCGAAGAUGUAUGAAGACCUUCGAGCUCCGAAGGUCUCAUCUGCAAUGCUUUCCUUUCCAUUAUGGACAACGUCUGAGAAAUUACGAUUACUCGCAUGAACUGUUCUUUUCUCGCAUUAGUUCGAAUUUGUGUUGUUCUGCGGAGCUCCAUCUUUCCUGGAAAACGCAACCUUGUCAACACGCUAAAGUUUCUCAGAAAGCCGUAUGAGUUUCGCGUCAAGUAGUUUUUGUUCGGGACAUAUAAUGAGUUGAUCUGAUUUCCUGCUUCCUGCAAGCUUCAUCUGACUGUAGAGCAGGGUGACUUUACAAAUAUAUCGACAAAGCUUGCUUCGUAUCAUCCUGCUGGGCCUACUAAUUGUAGUUUAUAUUAUUUGUAACGAGAACGUCUUCUCCCCUCUCGAUAUGAAAUUAGCAAUGUUUCCCGACAGUGUCACCGAUUCCCAGCUUUCCAUAAACUGUGGGGAGGUGUUUAAGACUCUACACUGGACUCCAUGCACUGAUAUGAAAGCUUCUAGCAAAGCUCACGGUUCUUUUUCGGUGUGAACUUAGGGAGGGCUAAGUUUCUUUCCAUAUGCACUACCUAUCUCAUUGCCUUUGGUAUAUCUGCCUUAAAGGGUGAAUAUGGCAUGGCUAUAAUCCUCCGUCGUAUGCAGCAAGCUAUAUAUUAGCUUUCUAGUCAUGCAGUGGUCUUACGCUUUUCGACCCUUGUCUAGUUCCAAGUUUUUAUCAACGAAAGCAGGUGACAUCGAUUAUGAUGCAUACCUUUCAUCCUUCGAUCACGUAGUUGGCUAUUAAACUUGAAAACAAAUACUAGUGCCCAUUCUUUUUCUUUAGCAAAUGUUGACCUAUUUGUAAAACGUUCGGUUUCUAUUGGUUGAUAUAAAUACAUAUAGAAUACCAAUCGAGACGGAUGGUCUGUAUUUGAGAAGACGUUUUCAAAAUACUUAAGGUAACCUUUUCACAACAGUGUGGAGUUGCAGCGCCGCCUACAAAAUGAGGACCCUAUUCCUUUUGAUCUUUCUUCUUGUUUUAUCAGUCGGUAAGUUCCUUUAGAGCCGUUUGUAUUACUAGUUGAGGUAUUACUAGAUUGACUGCAGCUUCAGAUAACAUUUCCUUUUUGCGUCAGAUUGGGCCAAAGGAUUUAUUCAGUGGGCUACUGAACCGCAUAAUUUAGCAUACGUCAUGUUUUCCAAUGAAACACAGCGGCAUUUUCAUGGAGCUUCUGCCCUUUUAUUUCGUUUUUCGACAUAACCUCUUGUUCAGUAUAUAGCGCCUGUCGUUUCCUCAGUUCCAGGGACUGAACAGGGUUGCUAGGAGAAUUAUGAAAAGCGAAGGUCUUAUUUGGACGCUCCCAAAUUUUGCGUGGAUCACAGAAGCACUUUCCAAGAAAGCUUAGACGGCGAUUAAUAUAAGAUGGUGUCACAUGGCACAUCAUUAGACCGUCGUACCUGAAAAGUUUCAGACACCGAGACAUCGGUGUGCGACAAAGGAAGACUGCAGACUUGCAGACUGCCAGGUAAACGAGGAAAACUUGUUGUGGAAUGCUUUAACAGAUUCCCUAUUCCUAAUUUUAAGUCAUUUAAAAGUCUACUUUAGGGAUAGGGAAUCUGUUAGAGCAUUCUACAACAAUGUCUACCUUGUUUACCUGCCACUCCGCAGUCUGCGUUUGUCGCACACCGGUAUAUAGUACCUAUCGUUUCCUCAGUUCUAGCGACUGAACGGGGUUGCUCGAAGAAUUAUGAAAAGCGGGGGUCUGAUUUGAAUGCUCCCCAAUUUUGCGUGGAUCACAGAAGCACUUUCCAAGAUAGCGUAAGUGGCGAUUUAAGAUCGUGUCACAUGGCACAUCAUUAAACGUACCUGAAAAGUUUAAGACAUUGGUUAACCCUGCAAUGUGCAUUAUCACGAAGCGUAUGUCUUUUACAGUUAUUUUCGUCUACCGAAGGUUUUUCUGACGGAAACAAAUUCCACUCGCCUCAUUUUGCGCGGGAAUGGAUAGUUUAAUUUCAUUAGCUUGAAUAAAUAUUUUGUUGGGGUCACGGUCUUUCGCUGUAAAAAGCAUUUCCAAGAACGCAAAAAUAAUCUGCUUGACAAACAUUCACCAUUUCGCAAUCCUCGUCACGGAAGCGAAGUCUUAUCUUAUCAGCGUCAAUUUGAGCCGAAGAAGAACAAUACUUUUUUAAGCUUACAAGCCCAUUGUAAGAGACAUUUUCUGGGAGAAAAGUUUCAAAGCGUUUCUUUCCAUAUUCAACUUUCACCUGGAACGCCAUAAUCGUUUGCUUGCUGUGAGACCUGUAAAAUCCCUGAGGGAGUAAACAGGCUUAUAAUUUGACAUCUCCACCCUUGGCAGUUCUCAUGUUCUGAUUGGCUGGUUCGCUUUGAAGUUGGUAGGAAGCUGUUAAAAUAUGUCAAAAUUGAAUAAAAAACUUUCUCGAGUGGCAACGGUAAGGCGCGUAGCACCAGCCUCUUCCUCAGGCGUUUCGUUUUUCGCGUGGUUUCGCAUAGAGGCAGCGCGAAACGCGAGUGACUGGUGAGAAAGCGCAAGGGACCGUGUUAAGGGUAAGGAAGGGAGGCGAAGCACGUCUCGCCCGUUUUCUCCAUCCCGCCUCCUUUUGCGCGUAAAUUUUCAACGAGAGAGAGAAAGACGUUUGGUUGCCAGGCAGGUAUAAGAUAUAAAAACAAUGCUCUGUAGUGUAACAAGAAUUAAUUUAAUUUACAUCAUAGUUUAAUAGUAAAGUGGAACGGUUAUGAAACCCGUUAUACUCCUUUGUUAUAUGUUUUUGUUCGCUCUUUCGGACCUGACCGUGUACAACGUUCAAUAGCAUUCCUAUCAUUUUGCACUUACUGACCAAAAUAAACAGGACAUUAAUUUAUAUUAUUCAGUCACAAUUUGUGAACAUAAAAACAAAAAAUUGUGCACGGUCAAGGAGCUUCCAACAUAAACUGCAACACCUUUGUUUUCACCUUUGAUGUUUACCUCCUUUUCUAACCGUCUCCUCUACUAACUUUGUUUACAUAUAUGGAUGUAUACGCUUUGCAAUCACUUCUGUCUUCCCGAAGGCUCGUCCCGCACUAAACCGCACUAAGCUGAGAUCAGGCGCUGCUCUUAUUUCUCUUGGUAAAUAGAUUUCCGGUGGGCAAGGCAAAUUGCCUUUGGUACAUUACCGAACAAAACGUCACGUGUAUACCUGAAAUACGUGUGUUUGCGUUGCGAAUCGAACAAAUAUUGUUGCGUGUGAUUCGGAAAUUUAUAUUCAUGUGAUUCAAGUGAGGACAUCAGAUGGACCUUAAUCUCAACACCAGGGCCUUCACGGCCACAUAUCAUGCAUAUUGGUUGGCAGAACAAGGAUAUCCCAAGAAUGUGGACAGGUUUUGCAAAAACCUCGCUAUACAGUAUACAAAGUGGCGCUGACCACACGCACCAAAAAUACGACUGCAAGUUCGCAUUUUGCUUGCCAGCAAUAGCUUUUGUUUUUUUUUUUUUAUUUGUUUUGACAGGGAAACAACAACACCCUCCUUGAUCUGCAUAAUUUUUCAUAUUAUACGAAAGCUGAAUCCAAAAACUAUUUUAAUGUUUCAUUCCAGUAUUUCCAAGUUCACAACAUGCUUCCCAAUUUAAGCACAGUUACAGCCCCAAAAAUUUGUUAGUAGAAUCCUCUGCUGUAUAGCUUUAGUUUACAAUUCUUUUUUUUUUUCAGAACAGCCGUUUUACGGAAAUUAUUUGACAUUAGAUUCUCAUACAAAUAAAGUAAUUUUUCACGCGGUUUCCUACUCGUCAAGAUGGCUUCCAAAACCGUGACAAGGUCUAUUCUCGUCGUCAUUAAAUGAGAUGUAUCGUUGAGUAUAUAUUCUUGUUCUCGGUUUUUCAUCUCUCGAUUAGUAUUUACGCUAUUGUCGCUAUGUUUUUAGGCAGUGGUUCGGCUAUUUCUUCUUCGCAUAACGUGGGAAAUAUAAGUCUUCCACCAUUUUCCCAAGCUCUGCCAGAACAGCUGAGCUAGUGCGCUUUCUGCUGCCGAUUUUCUGACAGAUAUCGGUAAAAUCACCCAUGCAUUUUUGAGCCUUUCGAUGAUAUCGGAAGACAUCUUCCAGAUUUGGUCAACUCUAGCUGGUUGAGAAGAAUCAAUCAAAACUAAGGAAAAGGAUUUAAAUGAAUAACAAAUGUAAAUAUUAUCAUUCACAGGUUGCGCCCUUAAAUGCGAAAUGUGUCUCUCCAGGUAUGGCUGGGAUGACUGCAAGGACAAAGUUAAAACGCUGUUCUGCUCUAGCUAUGGGGACCGUUGUGGCAAAGCUGUCAUGGAAAUGAAGAGCUUUGGCAGGGCAACUGAGUUUUAUGGCAAAAGUUGCACCACUUCAGAGGAAUGCAGCCAGAGAAAAUGUGACUCGCUCACAAUGGGCAGCUCAGCGACAGUCACCAAGUGCGAUAUCCACUGUUGCAAUGACGACCUGUGCAAUGGAGCCCAAGUCUCGAUGGUCAGCACCAUCCUGCUGUUAGCAUGCUCUAUCUUAGCUUUUGUUAAGUGUCAAUUUUAAGAACUGAGGUGUAUCUUGUCGGUGGUAAAGAAGUAGGUUGCAAUACAGUGAUGUAGCGUUCCCGGUCAAGCCUGGAAUUUUUCAGGUUCUUUUUCAACCGCGAAGGUUGUUCAUUUCACGGCGAAGAUCAUGUUCACUUUCAUAAAUGUUUUUAAUGUUGUUGAUGUUUUUCAAGUAUAAUCAUUAGUUUUCCAAAAGUACUUUUUCUACCUCAGUUCGUGUAAUAAAGAAUGAAAAAACACAAACUAACACUCUUAUGAACAUUAAAAUUAGUAAUAUAAAACUGUUCUAGUGAAGCCUUAACCUACUGUUUAAAAAUUUAAAGUAAAAUCUAAAAUCCAAGCUUUCGCCGAUCAUUCAGUUUUACAUUUUACUUUUUUAAACAGCAGUUUAAAGCCUCACUAGAACAGUUUUAUAUUUUCAAUGAUGCUGCUGAAGAACAACAUGAACAGAUUAUAAUUAUUAAUAAUAGUAAAUAAUAAUAGUUACCAUUAGGAUAUUAGUAGUAGUAGUAGAAGUAGUAGUGGUAGUGGUAGUGGUAGUGUUAGUAUUGGUAGUAGUAGUGGUAGUGGUAGCAGCGGUAGUAGUAGUAGUGGUAGUGGUAGUAGUGGUAGUGGUAGUAGUGGUAGUAGUAGUGGUGGUUGUGGUAGUAGUGGUGAUAGUGGUGGUAGUGGUGGUAGUAGUGGUAGUGUUGGUAGUGGUGGCGGUAGUGGUAGUGGUAGUGGUAGUGGUAGUGGUAGUGGUAGUAGUAGUAAUAUUGUUAUUGUUUAUUGUUAUCCCAUUCACUGGUUCCAGAUCGCUGAUGAUGCCGCUGUCAUAAGCGGUCAGGAAUCAGAAAAUCGACAUCUA